AUGGGGAAUUUGAAGCAAGACUUGUCCCAUGAGACGCCCUGCCACCCGCGUGCCUGCGCAAUCCAAGAUUGCCUGACCAAAAACUCGUACAAGGAGGAUAAAUGCCAGGCACAGAUCGAUGCCCUCUACGAAUGCUGCAAUGCCUUCUACCAACAGCAAGGAGACCAGGCGUCAGUCGUGAGCUGUCCCAAGGCUCACCUGUUGCGGCUCAAGAUGAAGCAGCGUGCUGAGGCAGCAGGAAACACGGAGUCCCAGAAAUAG